UUCUUCUUCAUCUCUUCAUAUUCUCCAUUUCCAAUUCCUCUCUUCAACUCACAUAUUUUCUCCACUUCUAAUUAUUAAUUAUCAUAAUCUUUUAAUCUUAAUUCCUUCUUCACUUUCCUGCUUUUUUAUCUCUGCAAAAUGGCUGCUCUUACCUCAUUUCCUCAGAUUAACGAUAUCGAUUCCGCCAUGGCUGGCUUCGAUGUUGAUAAGCUUACUUAUGAGAUCUUCUCUAUUUUGGAAAAUAAGUUUCUAUUUGGUUGCGAUGAUUCAGAUCAGAAGCUACAUGUCGCUCCUCAGCCUCCUCUUGUGGAUGCCAAUGCCUUUAAAUCUGGAAAGCAUAACUCAGGGAAGGUUAGGAUUUUGAGUAUUGAUGGUGGAGGUUCUACCGAUGGGGUCCUUGCUGCUAAGUCACUUACGUAUCUUGAGGAUUUUCUCCGUCGGAAGUCGGGAAACCCUCAUGCCUGCAUUGCAGAUUAUUUUGAUGUGGUUGCUGGUUCGGGAGCGGGAGGCAUUCUCGCGGCCUUGCUGUUUACUAAGGGGAAAGAUGGUUAUCCUCUGUUUACGGCGGAUGGAGCUUUGAAUUUUCUGAUUAAGAACCGUCGGGAGAUUUUCCGGUCAUCGGAUGGAGGAAUCCUCAGACGAGUGUUCGGCUCGACGAAAGUGGAGAAGUUGUUUAGGAAGACGUUUGGAGAGUGCACGUUGAAGGACACGUUGAAAUCGGUUUUGAUUCCGUGCUACGAUCUCUCCACACGAGCGCCAUUCCUGUUUUCUCGUGCCGACGCUCACGAAAUGGACGGUUACGAUUUCAAGAUUCGCGACAUUUGUAUUGCGACGUCUGCAGAACCGACAGUCUCCGGAGCUGUCCAAAUGUCAUCCGUCGACAAGCGAACGAAAAUCGCAGCCGUCGACGGCGGCAUAGCGAUGAAUAACCCGACGGCCGCUGCAAUCACUCACGUGUUGAACAAUAAACAAGAAUUUCCGUUUUGCAACACCGUGGAAGAUCUCCUCGUAGUAUCUCUCGGAAACGGAGAGUCAGACUUCAGCGCCGUAAACCUAAAUUCAUCUCCUGCCUCAUUCACAAGGAUCGCCGGAGAGGGAGCUUCCGACGUGGUUGAUCAAGCUGUUUCUAUGGCAUUUGGUCCGCACAGGGCAACCAAUUAUAUUCGUAUUCAGGGAAAUGGGAUUGUUGGGGGUUUGGAGAAGGGAAAAAGAGGGCAGAAGAUGAAUAGGAUAAACAUAUUGGAAAAAGCAGACGAAAUGCUAACACAGAAGAACAUAGAAGCUAUUUUAUUCAAAGGAAAGAAGAUGAUUGAGAACACAAAUUUAGAGAAACUUGAGGUUUUUGGUGGAGAAGUAAUCAAAGAAGAAGAGAGAAGAAAAAGUAGCAUCCUCCCAACUGUAUUAUUGAAACAAGCUGCAUUUCCAUCCCCAAGAACAUCCUCUGCUUCAGCCACAACACUCUCCACAAUUUCUUCAUGCUAAUACUUAAUUAUUUCAAUCAAACCCAAAAAAACACUCUGAAUUUGGUGGUUAGUUUAGUUUCUAUAUAUAUAUAUAUAUAUAUAAAUCAAUCAAUCGAUCAUGAACCCAAAAAAAAACGAUGAAUUUGUGUAUUAUGUAUGCUGCUGCCGCUCGCGAUGAAAUGGAAACGUCCGAGUCUGAGCUGAGCUGCCUUUUUUUUUUCUUUUACUGAAUCCUUCUGGGGUGUGGUUGUUGCAAACAAAUAUGAGGGCUUUCCAAAUGCCCCAAUUGUAUAGUUUAAAAACACAAACUGAGAGAGAUUUUUUUCUUUCAUUUUUUCAUUUUUUUUAUGGGGAGAGUGUGUGCUUUUAGAGUAGAAAGAAAGAGGGAGAGAGAGAGAGAGAGAGAGGUUUGAGUUUUGUGUAAUUUUACAUAUAAUAUCCCAUUGGUAAAAUUUGGGCAUUUAACCUCUCUUUCUUGUGUUUGUAUUCUCUUUUUGAGUUAAGUGUGUGAUGAUGAUUUAUAAUCACUUUCACUAGUGGACAAAGGACAUGGGGUCCUUUGGGAAGAACAAACAAGGCCCAAAAUUGUAAUAGAUCAUAGUGUUUAUUUAAUGUCACAUUAUUAAUUCCUCUUU